GCGGAGAGGAGGCGGGGAGUGGGACUGCAUGGGGCCGACUGCGUGGAGUGCGCGGCCACAGGGCUAUUGCGAUGCCGAACGGACAGCAGCUCCCCGUCCGCGACUUUUCCCAUCUCCGAUGAACCCCGCGGAACCAGCUCUUCUUUCGUUCUAACGAAGCGUCCGAUCCCGAGACUCUCGUCUUGUUGGGGGAGAGGCGGAUUUGUUUAUUUGACUGACGGGUGCCGGCUGAGGCGCCCUGCGGACGGACAAUAAGUGGGAGCCACCAGAUCACAACAAAAGACUCAAGAUGACCGAAGGCCGUCUUUGCCAGGUUCACCUCCUCGACGGCAGGAAUCUGGAACUGCUGGUGCAGCCCAAGCUGUUGUCCCGUGAGCUGUUAGAUUUGGUGGCCUCGCAUUUUAACCUGAAGGAGAAAGAAUAUUUCGGAUUGUGCUUCAUAGAUGACACUGGCCAGAAUAACUGGCUCCAGCUGGAUCGUAAAGUCCUUGAUCAUGACUUCUCCAAGACUUCGGGGCCUUUGGAGCUCAAGUUCCUUGUGAGGUUUUAUAUUGAGAAGAUCACCUUCUUGAAAGAGAACACAACAGUGGAGCUGUUCUUCCUGAAUGCGAAAUCUUUAGUGUUUAAUGAGACCAUCGAAGUCGAGAGUGAAAAUGUUUUCAAGUUAGCCGCAUUCGCAUUGCAGGAGGCCAAAGGAGAUUACACCAGUGCCGAGACUGCCAGAUCAGACCUGAAGGAGCUUCCAGUUCUGCCCACCAGAGUUUUAAGGGAGCACCCAUCUCUCAAUUACUGUGAGGACAAAGUGAUUGAACAUUACAAGAAACUGAAGGGACUGACCAGGGGACAAGCCAUUGUGCAGUAUCUGGCUCUGGCGGAGUCUUUGCCGACAUAUGGAGUCCAUUAUUACCCAGUGAAGGACAAGCAAGGAAUACCGUGGUGGCUGGGAGUCAGCUACAAAGGCAUUGGCCAAUACGAUUUGCAGGAUAAGCUGAAACCAAGAAAGUUGUUUCAGUGGAAGCAGUUGGAGAAUUUGUAUUUCCGUGAGAAGAAAUUUGCAGUGGAAGUGAACGACCCGCACAGAAGAACAGUGACCAAGCGAACUUUUGGACAGACUGGCCUGGUUAUUCACACAUGGUAUGCCAGCCACUCUCUGAUUAAAACCAUCUGGGUGAUGGCCAUCAGUCAGCACCAGUUCUACCUGGAUAGAAAGCAAAGCAAAUCGAAGAUGGCCACAACCAGGAGUUCAGGAGACAUCGCUGUGGACCUCACUGAGAUCUGCGCCCCGCGAAUCAGUAAACUUUCCAGCAUUGAUGGCAAAGACCAGCUUAUAAUGGCCAGCAAUGGAAGCCUCAUCUCAGCCGGUUCUGCUGACUCUGAAGUCAGCGAGGAGCAGAAGAAAGAGAAGAUUGCUGAGUUAAAGAAGAAAGAAAUGGAACUUCAAGACACACUGACACAGAAACUUGAGGAACUGAAAAAGAUCUGCAUGAGAGAAGCUGAGCUUACAGGCAGAUUACCUAAAGAAUAUCCCCUGGCCUCAGGUGAGAAGGCUCCCCAAGUUCGUCGCCGUGUUGGGACAGCCUUCAAGCUGGAUGACCUUUUUCCCUACGAUCAGGACCCACAUCUGAGGAAUUUGGAGAGCAUGUUUGCCUUGCAGCAGAAGAUUGUAGAAGCAGCCAUCAAGUUGGCCAGUGAGGGCGACCUCUGCAAGACAGUGAAGAAGAAGAGGAGAAACAACUCUCUGGAUGCAAAGAGGAAGCUGGAGGAAAUUGAGAGGGAGAUCAACGCCUACAGGAUCAAGAAAGGGAAAAAGCCCAUUCAGAGAGCUUCACUGAUCUUAGCGGAUGAUGUCAACCCUUCAGACCUUAGUUCUCUAUCCGACAGCCUCACUCUGGAUGAUGAUGAUGAGCUUGGUUCCCAGAGGCAGCGGUCCAGAUCAGUGCAGUAUUCCCCAAGACCCCACCAUGCAGAAACUCUGGACAUCCAUUACAGCAAAGACAGACGGGCCUCUGCCAAUGACCAGCAUGCAGACAGCAGAUUAAAUUACGGCCAAGUCCAGGAAUCGCUGCACUACAGUCACUGUGAUGCCUUAUCAAGCCACAGCAGCCCAUUUAAACCAGCUUCCAGACAGCCACGUGAUGCCCGCAGCAUGCCCCCCACCCCCCUCCUCACCCGCAAUGCCUACAGCAGCACCCAGCUAAGAUCAGAGGAUGUUCCACAGCAUUUCCGCCAGCGUAGCGGGAGUCUGGAGUCCCAGUCUCAGUUCCUGACAGAGACAGAACCUCCUGCACCACAGUUCGCCUUCUCCCCAGCCCGACGCAGCAACAGCACCGAGGUCCUAGAUGAUGGCUCCUCCUACACAAGCCAGUCCAGUGUGGAGUACAGCGUUCCGGGUAACCACACUCACAGGCGCAGAACUCGCGGCCGCCACAGAAAAGACAUUUACGCCAACACGGGCAGCAUGCCCAACCUGGCUCAGCCAGACACUCGCUGUUACGCCUACCAGCCUCGGGCCCGACCCACCACAACAGCAUACUACGUCACAGGCUUUCCCAGCUACGCAGACCCAGAGCCUUACUCCAAUGGAGUCUACAUGUACGACAACGACAUGGAGGGACACUACAAUGUCAAUCCCUCCUACCACCUCGCCCCAGCAGCUUAUCACAGCCAAGACAUGCACAGUCAAUAUGGUAAUGAUGAGAUUGACAGCAUGUCGCAGAACCCGUACGCCACGCUGCGGCCACCCAGGAACCGUCAGGUGCCCCGCAGCAACGAGCAGGUCAGCAAGAACAUCCAAAAGGCUUUGGUAGCUGAACACUUGAGAGGCUGGUACCAUCGCAACGCUGCACACAAACAAGCCGCAUACAACUACGACUACGACAGAGGUUCCCAACAGAGCCUCGGCUAUCAGACCAUGCCCGCACCCUACAGCCACAACAACAGAAACAUCUCCUACUCGUCAGUGUCCUCAGCGUCCUCCACUGCAAACUGGCACAGCCACAUGAGUGGUGGUAUGUUGGAAUAUGACAUGCCUAUGCAUGCGCCGCCGUCCUACUCUUACAGUACAGCCCCCUAUAGCCACUCCGCCCACAGCAGAUCCUACAUAGAUGUCAGCAACCAAAUGCACACUAACAUGGACCCAGAAGACCAGAUUUACUGGCACGAAGACUCAAAACCGGGAACAAUAGUGUAGUUGCCUAUCUGUCAUCGUGCUGUAUGAAUUUUUCACCUCGACAAGUUGUCAUUGUGCCUUAGACUGCACUUACCUGUUUUUCUGUAAAGGGGAUCCAAAGAAUGAAGGAACUUAAUGUGGAAUUCAGCUUGUAAAAGAAAUGAAGUCUACUUAUCUUCUGUUGUCAUGAACCCAGUUGCCAAACUGACCCACAUCCUUGUGUUUAAAUCAUAACAAAACCCCACGGGAGCGUCUACGUGUGUGGAUUGCGAGUGUUUGUGGUGAUGGCACUUGUGCACUGCAACUAUACCAGGACCUGCUGUGGACUGUGUGGUAUAGCCAAAGGGAAUGUGGAAAAAAACUUCUCCAGUGUUUUUCCGUAGAGAUGCCAACCUCACAAACCAAGGACUAGGACUGUCUCGGUAAGAGGAUACUGAGCCGUAAUGAACAACGAGAAUGACUCAUCCUGCUCUGCUACUUACACACACGUAUGAACACUGAAACCAUGAAGGAUCAGAUCAGAUCUGAUCUGAUAAGGACAUUAUCAAAAUGAAGGAUUGAACUCAUUAUGAAUGAGUGAAAAGAUGGCUACUCCCUGGAGCAUUCUAAAGUCACCAGAUCCAGUUUUAUCAAACAGCAUUGCUUCAAACUACCACUGUGCUUCCUGUACUUUCGUUUGUCAUUUACAAAGUAUUAACUUUAUCUCAAUGUCCGUACUUACAAUACAAUUGAGCCAAAUACUUCUUAGUCACACCAUUUGAGUAUUACCUGAAGUCACCAACUUUGAUAUUACUGCCACAUAUGAUCAGUCACUGCAGGAAGACAGAAAAUCGAGUUUAGUCUAGUGUUGUGUUGUUUUUUUUUCUCCAUGGUUAUUUCAUCCAUGCUGGAAAUCAUGGACUGGUGCUCCCAAUUUCUCUCAGAGAAUGAAGCUGUAUGUAAUUGUUGGUAUUGUAAAUACACUGGUUCUGUCUAAUUUUUUUUAGAGCAUUUUUAUGUAUUUGAAAAGCAUGUAAUAUAUAGUAAACACCUGUUGUAAGCUGGUUCUUAGUCAUUUGUAUAAUUGCAUUUGUUUGAAUUAAAAAAAAUCAGCAUUUGAA